GCGCUCAUUUUCUUUCUUUCCUUUCUUUCUUUUUUUGUUGGAAUAUGUUUUUACUCUGCGUUUGUAAUCUUUUACACCGUAUUAUUUGCUCAUUACCCGUUAUUAAUGUCCAUUAAUUUGUACAGAAACAUGUGCUGUGAAUUCAUUUAAGAGCUGUAUCUUGUCAAUGAGUAACAAGUUGUUUGUGCGCGACAUUUUACGACUCGUGUUAACUCGUGUUGUUGUAGCCUGGAUGAUUGGAGUUGUACUCUUGGACACGCGAGAUAGAACUUUGGGAUGAAAAAAAUCUUUUAUUUGUUUGUUUUCAAAUCAACCAGAAUACAUUUAAUCCAUCAAAUGGCAGGCAAAAUGAGCAAGAAGUUUGAGAAGAAGAGCAAAAGGCUUUUUCUGGCCACUAUGCCCGUGGAGAGAAUGCGUAUGCGACCGUGGCUGGAGGAACAGAUAAACUCGGGUAAAAUACCAGGACUAAAAUGGGUUCAUAGGGAAAAGAAAAUAUUUCAGAUUCCAUGGAUGCAUGCAGCACGGCAUGGCUGGGACGUAGAGAAAGAUGCACCUCUGUUUCGAAACUGGGCCAUACACACCGGCAAAUACCAACCAGGAGUGGACAAGCCUGACCCCAAAACAUGGAAGGCAAACUUCCGCUGUGCUAUGAACUCCCUUCCUGACAUCGAGGAGGUGAAAGAUAAAAGCAUCAAAAAAGGAACAAACGCCUUUAGGGUUUACAAGAUGCUGUCAGCAUCAGAAAGACAGUCAAAGAGAGGAAAGAAGAGACCAGAUAAAGACGUAAAGGAUGAGCAGCAAUGCCCUGUUUCCUCUGCCUGGGAGAGUACCAAUGGCUCCACAAGGAGUGCAGGAGCGCUAGCAGUCAAACAGGAAGCAGAUCACACUGUCACAGAAACAGAAGCUGGGAGCCACAGCCCCUCCGAAGACCAUCUGAUCAUCCCGGAUGUGUGUCAGACUAUCGAGGUGGUGACGGAAAACGAGGAGCAGGCUGUGAGCUCCAGCCACACCUAUCCCCUUCAGAUCUCUCCAAUGUCCUCAUAUGGAGAGAGCGAUACUGACAGCGUGCAGAGUGAAGAGGACUCCAAAGAGCGCAUGCGAGCACUUGUAUGGGCCUCUAAUCAUGCGGAGGCAAAGCCAGCCCUGGACAGCUCAGCGAUGCGAACGUCUUUACCCAGCAUGUCCACUUUCAUCACUCAGUCUAAGCCCAACUUCAGGAUUACAACUGUCCAGGACGCUUCAUCCACUCCUUUUCAUGGCCCCUAUACCAGCGGAGGACCAUGGAGCCUCUUGGCCACGCCUCACCCUCCAUCACAACCCCCAGCAGUUUCCAGCAAACCCCCUGUCCAUGAAAAACGGGCCAGCGUCAUCAUGAAAACCUCAGACGUAUCGAAAUCUGUCAAGAGUUAUUGAGGAAAACCACUAGUUCUUGAUCCUGGCUUCAUUGAAGGCUGUACUGAACUUGAACAUGGAGCAAAGAACCUAAGCAACACUCUGUUGCCUCCUAUUGAUGAUCUCACAGCUAGCGAAGAUGAUGAUGAGGAUGAUGAUGAUGAUGCUGAUGAUGAUGUCCGGCUCGGUGAACAGCUCAUCUUAGCCGUGGGUGAUAUAAGACAUGAUACAGGGCAAAAUGCAGGAUUCAUUGCAGGUCCAGGCCUUAAAUUCAGGGAGCGGUCUAGUGCAGUGACAGAUGUCAUCACUGCCAUUGUGCCAUUGUUUCCAGCUCGUUUUGGAUGUGUAUAUACGGGAGAGUCAUAAUGUCGAAUCAGUGGCAUUAGCUUUAGCACCUUAUAGAAAAGCACUGAAUGAGAUUAUCUGUGGCCUUCUUUCUUUCUCUAUAGCACCACGACUGUGUACACACACUUCUCUGAAAGGAUUCGUUAGUUUGUGUCUCAUGUCCACCAAAGAAAGCACUUUUAAGCCUUUUUGUAUCUCAGAAUCUGACGUGGUCCCGUAUAUUGCUGUGUCUUAAAGGAUUUUUUUUAAAGGUUUAAAGGAUAUUUACAUUUUUGCCCAGUAUAAUCAUUUUUGAUUCAUCAAUGACAGCAAUGGCACCUAUUUGAUGUUUAUUUGUUUUUUUUAAGAAAAAAUACAUAUUUUUGCUUUCUACUGUAUGCGUGAACAUAAAUGUACAUAUAAACAAAUUUAACUAUACAGUGCUGUGAAAAAGCAUUUGCCCCUGAAUUGGUUUUCUGCAUUUUUGCGUAUUUUAGAGUAGAUGCUAAAAUCAGAAUAUAGAGUUUCAUUGUAAGAAGUAAGGGUGUGGUUUGGACAUAAUAUUCAAUUUUGAGAAGUUGCACUGGAAAAUAUGUGUGCAAAUCUCUGUGAAUACACCUCACCUUCACCUCCAAGCAGCUAUGCAAUGCCUUGUCUUGAAUCAAACCUUGAGUAGAUUAAGGUCUUUUCACAGCCUGAAUUCACCAAGGACCCUUGAGAACUGAUUGGCACUCUAUAUUUCACCUCCAGACAGUGGAGACGCAGCUAGAGUCAUUCGGCCCAGAGGUGUGCUGGCUUUCUGCAACCUCAUAAGAGUUCUCAGGAAAUAAACUGUCCAGGGAACAAGCGCGUGCUCAUGGUAUGCUGGGACUCAUCACCCCUCCCUCACAUGCCUGUUACACAUGCUUGUUUGAGAUCCACUGAAAUCUCUGUACACGUGGAUUCAAGUACAGGAAAAUAAACACACACACACACACACACACACACACACACACACACACACACACACACACACACACACACAUAUCCCAGGAAGUAAGGUUCAGGUGUUCUAUAUCAGCCUAAUCCCCCAGCCGUGUAACACACAAUGCACCAUGUAGAAAAAAAUAUUAGCAUCCUUGCUCAACAUCUGUUAAUCACACCUUCAUCAACAAUAACUGCAAGAUCAAAUGAUUCCUGUUAGGAUUUUCUAUGCUUCAGAGAAAUCAUAUGCACCUUCCUCCAUACUAACAUGUUUAGGUCUAGGCCAUUCAUUAAAAAUAAUAAAAAUAUAUAUAUAUAUAUUUUUUAAACAUCUCCUUGUGGACCAUUCAAAUGAAUAAUUACCUGUUUUUGGAUCAUUGUUUUUUUUUUUGUUUGUUUUUUUUCCAUUUCAAGACACAACGUUAUCUUGAACUUUGCACUCCAGAAAACUUAAUUGAUGCUAACCAGGACAAGACUUUAAUCAUCUGUCCAAAAGUCACUCUUCUAGAUAUUUUGCAAAUCAUCUAAAUGCUUUUGGGGGAAAAUUGACUCUUUUCAUUUCCAUUUUGGACCAGCGUCUUAUUGAUCACAUCGCAAGUAGAUAUGAGGAUCCGUUCACAAGGUUUUAUGGUAUUUGGUAACUUUGCCAAGACAGGCACUCAACUUUACUACUGUCCUGAAAUGUUCCUAAAAGGCCUCUGACAGGGAGCCAGCUGAGCUACACGAUCUGAUUAUUCACUCUUAAGUAAACAUAAGCAGACUUUAUGCCGAAGUCUCAUUUAAUCCUCAUACAGUCAUUUUUUUAUUGUUAUUAUGCAGCACACUGAAAAAUACAUUUCAUGGUGCUCAGGUGUCAAACGAAACACAAAGCAAAUUAAGCGUGGAAAUGUAGAAAAUCAAACAGGUGGCAAAAAAAAAAACUUGUUCAUAUAACUGCCCUUGUCUGUGACUGUGUAUGGAAGUGUGUUUAUGUAACCAAAUGUGUCUCUAUACACAUUUAUGGGCUUCUCAAUCCUGUGGAUCAUUGAAUAUCUGAUUAUAUGAUAAGAAUGUUAUGUAAAAUAAGAAUUCUUGAUAAUAAAUAUUUUUAAAAAACA